AUGCAAGAUAUGAACUCUCUCUUAAACUCUUCACCUUCCUCCCAACUCUCUCUCCAAGACCACCACCACCUUCAACAACAAUCUCACUCUCACUCCCAUUCUCAUUCAAGGCCACACCUCCAUAACUCUCACUCUCAGAUGCAUCCUCAAAUUACUUCCCCCUCCGCCGCUCACUUCGACUCCGCUUCCCACGACGACUUCCUCGAGCAAAUGCUCUCCACCCUCGGCCCCUCGUCCUGCUCCUGGGCCGACGACACGCCGCCCUCCAACUCCGACAAUGUCGUCUUCACUUACGAUGACUCCGCCAACCUCGCCACCAAGUUCCGCAGCCAGCAGAUCAGCGCCGGAGCCGGUGCCUCCAAAUCCGCUUCCGCCUCCGCCGCAGCUGCCGCCGCCAUGAUGCUCCAGCACCAGCUCAUGAUGUCCAGAUCAACGUCCGCCGACUCUGGCUUCGUUCCCAUGGCCUUGUCUUUGGGCAACGGAGACUUUGACCGCUCCAACAACGACGUCGUCGAGGGUUCCUCCUCCUUUAAAUCUCCCAAUCCUGUGGGAGGUGAGGGGGCUUCUUCUGUUCAAGCCCUGUUCAAUGGGUUCUCUGGAUCACUGCAUGGGGGGGCUACUACUCAGUCUCCCAAUCAGCAUUUUCACCAACCUCAGGGAGGCUCGCUGCAGGCACAGAACUAUGGAGGUCCAGGGGCGGCGAUGAACCAAGGUCCGGCGAGUGGCUCGGGUGGGGGCGGGGGUGCACCCGCACAACCCAGACCCAGAGUCAGGGCGAGGAGAGGCCAAGCCACUGACCCACACAGCAUCGCUGAAAGAUUACGGAGAGAGAGAAUCGCAGAGAGAAUGAAGGCUCUGCAGGAGCUGGUUCCCAAUGCCAACAAGACAGACAAAGCUUCAAUGCUGGAUGAGAUCAUCGAUUAUGUCAAAUUCCUCCAGCUCCAAGUCAAGGUUCUGAGCAUGAGCAGGUUGGGCGGUGCAGCUGCUGUUGCUCCUCUUGUUGCUGAUGUGUCCUCUGAGGGAGGCGGUGACUGUAUCCAGGCCAGUGCCAAUGGCGGGACCCGCGGCCGGAGUUCUAACGGCAACCAAACGGCCUCCUCAUCUAACGACAACAGCAUGACGGUCACGGAGCACCAAGUUGCCAAGCUCAUGGAGGAAGACAUGGGAUCCGCCAUGCAGUACCUCCAGGGCAAGGGUCUAUGCCUCAUGCCCAUUUCCUUGGCAACCGCCAUCUCCACUGCCACGUGUCACACCAGGAACCCCCUCAUCCACAACAACCACAACAAUAAUAAUGCGGUCAUGGCAUCCAACGGUGGCGAAGGGCCCUCCUCUCCCAGCAUGUCGGUGUUGACCGUCCAGUCAGCCACGAUGGGUAACGGUGGGGUCGACGGUUCCGUUAAGGACGCGACCUCCGUCUCCAAGCCCUGA